GUAGUUGAGUUGGAAACGGUGCAUAGGAGCCACAACCCAGCUUGAGCGCGGAGCAACGCGAGCGGAAAAUGCGCUCUGUUGGAGAGACUUUCUUAAUCGAUUCCAGCUGGCCAAUUGCCUCGUCGGGAAGAAUAAACAAUGAGGAACCCCUCGUCUAUAAGCAGGCACAUAUUAUCUACAAACUUGUGGAUGUCUAAAACUGGACUUGACGAGAGGGAAAGGAUGGUGGACAUUGAUGCUUGUGACGGAGAGGGUCCCCCCUCUUUCAAUUUUGUUUAAAUCAGAGGGAGGCUGUUCUCAGUAUAUCCGACGGGAGGAAAAACUGCUCUAAAAUGAAGUUUGGAAAGAGCAUUUGCAUUCUAAACGUGGGUGGCACAAAAUAUGCGUUUCCCAGGGACGUGAUUAAGGAUUUUCCUCUGAGAAGAGUGAGUCGUCUGCACAACUGCGCCUCUGAGAAAGAAGUGCUGGAAGUCUGCGAUGACUACGAUCGGGAACGGAACGAGUUUUUCUUCGACAGACACUCCGAAGCUUUCGGUUUCAUCAUGUUGUACGUUAAGUAUGGCAAGCUCAGGUUUGUUCCGCAGAUGUGCGAGCUGUCAUUCUACAACGAAAUGAUCUACUGGGGUCUGGAGAGCUCCCACUUGGAGUUCUGCUGCCAGCGGCGGCUGGACGACAGGAUGUCCGACACGUACACCUACUUCUCAGAGGAGGACACCAAAGUUGAAGAUGAUUUGAGAGGCGAAGACGUGCCGGAGGACUCCGCCGGCACUGGGAGAGGGAGCGCAAAGUGGUUGGAAAGAAUGAGAAGGACUUUUGAGGAGCCAACCUCGUCUAUUGCGGCGCAAAUUCUGGCCUCGGUCUCCGUAAUUUUUGUGAUAGUGUCCAUGGUAAUACUUUGCGCGAGCACUCUACCGGACUGGAAAACUGCCGAGAACAACAGCGUGGAGGAGCACAGGUACACAGAGAGUUUAGAGCAUCCAUCGGGGAUCAUCGAGGCGGUCUGCAUUGGCUGGUUCACGGCGGAGUGCAUAGUGCGCUUCAUCGUGUCCAAAGACAAGUGCGAGUUCGUGCGGCGGCCGCUCAACAUCAUCGACCUGCUGGCCAUCACGCCGUACUACGUCUCGGUCCUGAUGACCGUGCUGACGGGCGAGAACUCGCAGCUGCAGCGCGCGGGCGUCACCUUGCGCGUGCUGCGCAUGAUGCGCAUCUUCUGGGUCAUCAAGCUGGCGCGGCACUUCCUGGGCCUGCAGACGCUGGGUCUGACGCUGAAGCGCUGCUACCGCGAGAUGGUGAUGCUGCUGGUGUUCAUCUGCGUGGCCAUGGCCAUCUUCGGAGCGCUGGCCCAGCUGCUGGAGCACGGCCUGGACCUGGAGAUGGGCAACGAGGACUACGCCAGCAUCCCGGCCGCCUGCUGGUGGGUUAUUAUCUCCAUGACCACCGUCGGCUAUGGAGACAUGUACCCCAUCACCAUGCCUGGGCGCGUGCUGGGCGGCCUGUGCGUGGUGAGCGGCAUCGUCCUGCUGGCGCUGCCCAUCACCUUCAUCUACCACAGCUUCGUGCAGUGCUACCACGAGCUGAAGUUCCGUUCGGCCCGCUGUACCCGCAGCCUGUCCGCAGAGUUUCUCAACUGACCAACCGGGUGUGUCCAUUAGCUACGCUCCCAUUCCCUACUGCUCCCCCCCUUCCCCCUUUCCCCCUGGCUAUCUGGACUCCCAUCUUGCCUAUCAUUUUUUUAUACAGCUUCAUGCUGGAAUUUUCCCCUGAAGAGGAAUUUGGUCGGUGGAUGGUUGUCAUGGUGAAAGGAUCCCCAUCAGAGCAGAGAUGCCUGAGAUGGUCUAGUUACAGCACAGGGGAGCUGUUUGCUAAUUCUGAGAAGACACACAGGAAGGGAAGCACAGUAAUUAACAGAGAGGACAGUCUCUCUCUCUCUGUCUCUCUCUCUCCCGGCCUGACAGUGGAUCUUAUUUUACAAAUGGUUUAGAUUGCCAUGUGCUGAUAGUAUCUGCUCACGACAAGCAACAAUUACUGCUUUGUUUUGUGACUCAUUUUAGGGUUCUUAUGUUCUUGGUACAUUAUUAAUUUUAUGGAACAGUGGUAUAUAAUUGUAAUAUCAACCUACCCCUACAAAGCAAAACUGUAUUUUUACAUUCAACUACACAUACCAAUGAUAUCAAGUCAUAGCACUGACUUGUUUGUGAAACGAGAAACCAUUACUUGAAAUGUACAAUGUAUUGUAAUUUAUAUAGAAACAUGCAUUGAAUAAUAUAUAUUUAAAUAGAUUGCAAAGCAAACCAAUCAUUUCCACUUAGGUAAUGAUUGGUUCCACAGUGGGAUAUAUCAGAAUCUACCCAACAAAAUGUGUUCAGCAAAAAUGACAUUUUGGCAUGUACUGAAAAUAUAUUUGGAGUGCCUCCAUACAUUCAGACAUAUUAUUCAAUGUAUUACAAUAUAUUUUUAUAUACAUGGCAGUAUAUUUCCAUUGCAUAAGGGUACCAUUAUAUAUCUCUUGAUAUAUCUCCUGACAUAUACGUACAGGGAAACAUUUAAACAAAACCCAUAUAAUUGCUGUUUUGGGUAAAGCAAAGAAUUAUUCUUGCUUCGUAACUCACUGUGUGCCCUCUCUGGACAGAUAGCAUCAAUGAAUCACAGAUGAUCUUAUAUCACCAAAAUAUUUUAUUUGCGUAUUUAAAUCAGGGCGACAUGGUAAAAGACUCACAGUCCUGCAGCAGCUAGCGGCUGGGUGCUUCUCGGUGCGUCCCAGCGGCUGUGGAAGAUUCUUCCACAGCCAGACGCUCUUUGCUGGGUGGUGAAAACGUUACGGAGAGAGAGAGGAGGUCAGAAGCGUCCCCGUCCCAGCGCCGCGGCUCCUCCGGUCUGUGGCGGGACGCGUGACAGGAUCCGAAUUCGGCGGGGCGCUCUGAUGAUUAAUUCAGCGGAGUUCGGCGCCGGGAGAGGGAGGGAGAGGGAGAGCUGAGAGAGGAGCAGACCCGCGGGCCGAGUGGGCAGGUGGGUAAUGUGGAACACCGUGUGCCACAGAGUGAGAGCGCGUCAUGGAGGAGUGGAUGGCACGGCUGACGCCACGCGGCCAAAGGCAGGCUUUGCUCCCCGCUGUCCUCGCCUCACUCCGGGUCGCUGCCGGGCCUGGGGCCUGGAGCCACGCGCGCGCUGGGACUGGCGUGAAGCGUGUGCCUUUUCUUUUUUUUCUUUUCUUUCUUUUAAAUAAAUACAUUUUUAAAAAGAUCUUUCUGGCUCCCGGGAGCAGGGCGUGUGAGAGGACAACGCGGUACGACGGCCUGGACGCGCACUCAGCGGCGUUGGCCGUGCCACCCUCUUCUCCCCGAUCCGCCGUCACUUCUUCCCUUGGGCGGCCGUGUGAUGCAUUCGUCCUCCUCCGCAGACUCGAGCGACCCGCGGCCUCGUCCGCAAAGGGCCCGCGCGAGCCGCGCUUAUUCGCCGCGUCGGUCUGGCCCGGGCCGGAGUCUCAGCCACGCUCCGCUUCAGCCAGUCUAGAGUCUCCCCGGUUCUCCCCAUUGACCCGCCCGGUCUCAGUGGCUCCUGCCAUUGAUUCUCUCCAUUCUUUGAGUGUCUUUUCAUUGAUCUGCCCCCCAGUUUAAGUGUUUCUCCUCAUUAACCUGCUGCCGUAGUCUCGGUGAUUAAAUGCAACGUUUCCAGGGUUUCAAUCAUUCUCCGUGCUGUGCUGAUAUGUUCGCAGUGAUUUUCCACGCAGGUCCACCACAGUCUCAGUGAUUUUCCAUGGCAGCUCCCUCCACUGUUGAAACUGGUGUGAUUCUGUUUUACUGAGUGAAUAAAAUAUUUGAAAGUUUGACUUUUAGAAUGCAAACAGAGUGCAACCAGAGACACAUCAAUUAUUUGAUUUUAAUUAAUUCUUACAAUUUUACUGUAGUCUCGCAAAAUUGCCUGAAAAUCACCUUCCAUCCCACAUGGUAUCCAUGGUGAUUUCUCACAGCACUGUGUUUGAUGGCGAAUUGGAAUUAGUUUGAGUUAAUUUAUGAUUAAUGGUAGUUGUUUUGUGAGCUGUCUUCAGAGUGACAGGAACCUUGAUCAGCUUGCAGAAUUUGAUAUUGGUGGUCCACUGGGAUAAAGUCACUCAUUUCUGCAUCUCUUAAUCAGGGAAAGCAAUUUCUUUGAUCAGUUAUAAAUCCCCAUAAUCAACACACAGGCAAUUCAUUCAUAAAAUGAAUGAACCUACUAAACCUUUUAUGAGUUUACUUUCUCAAUAGGUCAUUUUUCGUUUCAGCAUGCCUGCUUCCAGACAAUAUUAUUAAACAAGUCAACACAAAGGACAGAAUUGCAAUGAGAACAAAACAAUUAUAUUCAUGCUUCAAAAGAUACAUUAAUAACAAGUACAAUAAAAGGACAGUGGUGUACUCAGGGCAUUAAUGGAGACUACCGUACAGGUCUACUGGUCGAGCAUUAGGAUAUCCUUGGUUCUGUGAAUAUCUGGCUUUGAUUCACAGUAAGCCAGUGGGUCAAGGGUUGAUUAAUUGUUUGUGAAGUGAGACUGCUUCUGCUGGGUUGCUAAUGUUGAUGUCACAGUGUCAAACAUGGUCACAGUAUGUUUGGAUAUACAACAGGUAGAGCAGUAUUUCAGAGACAAAUGGAUGGAGAUUAUUGGACAGACAGGGCACAUGACUCUGCCUUGUACGGGAGGGGUUAAACAGGAUGGGUAAUAUUGUAUAUAUAUAUAUACAGAAACAGCUGCCAUGCUCAAAGGGUUGAUAGUGGGUGUCACUGCCAGGGGGCAGCUCUACCUGGGGAGCUUGAUUCUACUCUCAUCUCCCUCCAGGUCUCCCCUGACGACUGUUUCAUAUUAUAAAUGCUAAAUUCUCUUAAUCAGGCCUGCCCCAGGAAGGCCAAAUUGGUAUCGUUAAAUGCCUACUCCUGCUUGAAUUUAUUUUAAUAGGCUUUUAAUUGGUUUAAAUAUUCGUGACAUCUGUUUAAUUAUAAGCUAAAUCUGUUUGUGUGCAGGGAUGCAUCUGACAGAUUAACUAACUUCAGUUGUUUCUUAAUUACACCAAGUCGUACAGCAAAAAAGUAAGACAAUUUCGGAGACGGGAGAGAAUACAACAGAGGCACAGUGUAUUAUUUGUCACUACUAACAACCAGGUCUCAGCUUCAGCUAACUCGGCAGAGGUCAUAUUACUUUCUUAGAGAAGCCAUAGCUAUAUAACACUGCUUUACAGCCAUCUGCCAAUAUAUUCAUGAAAGAUUUUGUUCCCUAAAGGAGAAGUGUUUACCCAAUUGAUUAACAACACUUCACCCACACAUCGUCAGCAGGGACUGGCUCUUCCCUCCCCCAUUCUCCAUGACUGAGCUCGAAUCAGGCACAAGCUGGAGCACCAUUUCACACCGAGGAGUUGAGAGAUUCUGAAAAAAAGUGAUUUUCCUCUCCUCAAACAUGCAUAUCCAUAAGCAAUUACCCGUCAAACGGAAACUAAAGCUGCAAAAAUGUAGGGGUUUUCUCACAGUUCCUUAACAUUGUGAGGUGCAAGAUACAACACUCUCUGUGCAUAAGUUAAGAAGCUCAUUAAUGACUUUACCUCUCCACCGACUGCACAUUUCCCAUCAGAUGUAGUUGCAAGCAGGCUGUGCUGGGAGACCAGGGUGGCUGACUGCACUUCAUCCAGUUCAGCUGUGGGUCAGGAGAGUAUCACAGCAACACCCUGGGAGUGUUAAUGUGUUUUAUGCGGCACACACUUCUCUCUCUCUCAGUGGACCUCGCUAACAGUGCUAAAGAGCGGGGUGAGUUUGACAUUCAGUGCGCACGCCGGACCGAACCGUUCUGCAGCGAGCAGAGUCGUACGCAGCGUGAACGGGGCGACAGAGAGGAAACUCUACGCGAGCCAGCCUGUUGACGUGACAUUUAGGCAUGCCUCUCUCCAAAAGGGAAAAGCGAGGCAUUGCUAAGAAAAUCCAAUUUAGUUUUGAAUCACUCCAAACCAUAGAACUGAUUUCAUGGCACUCACACCAAAGUAUACCAGAUUUGCGGCCUAAACUGCUCCAUUGCUACCUACUGCUCACUGGUCCCUGGCCAGCCAUCAGUAACUGAGUAACGGAUAGUGAAGGCAUAGUUUAGGAUGAAAGUUAACGGUGCUAUGGGAUGCUAUGGGUGGUGAUCACUGGUAAAGACAAGAAAGUAAUAUAUUUGCCAUAUAUUAUACAUAGUGCUGAUACUCUUGCCUAACCCGUCAGCCCUUUGAGUUCCAAUUCAGAUCUGAAUGUAAAUUUUUAACUGAAGCUGUGAAGUCAUCACUUAUAAAUGCAAAUACAAAAUGCUUGUUCUCAAAUAUCUUCCACUGCUUUUCAGUGAAAGACAUAGACCAGAUUACUCUGAGGUAGCCUCUGGAGUAAAUAUUUAGAAGACAUCCUCCUUUGAAAAAUGUAUUCAUUCUGAUCAUCACAUGUAUCAUUGCUAAGACAAAUAUUUACAGAAUCAUUUUAAGGCCAGUUGUACCCUGUACCUCCUGAUGGGCACAUCAUUUUUGAAGCCCACAUCAUCGUAAAAGAAUGGUGACAUUAAGUUACUGAGUAAUGAAAUCAUUGACAGAUUUACAGUAUGUAACAACAAAUAUUCUGUCCACAAUAGAUCAGGACUUCACUGUCUGGUUUGUUUAGAGGUAUCAGUAGCUAACAAAACUUGAAAACAUUUGAUUGUAUAGAACAAUUGUUUUGUAAAAAAAUGAAAAUUAAAAGUACACUGACAAACUUUAUAUUUAAAACCAAUUUCACAGGCUGUUUGCAGUAAGCUGCUAAACCAACGGAUUCCAGUUGUUGUACCCACCCUCAAAUGUCUGUAAACUGUUGUAAAAAAUGUUUCCAAAUGCUUUUUGUGGAUAUUUCUAGUAAUUAUUCCGCUUCAAUAGAAAUCUUAUUAUUAUAUGUGUAUUAAAUCUAUGUUGUGAAACAUGACUGCAAUUUAAGCAGAAACUGUUUUCUUUAUCACAAAAUAUAGUUUUCAAUUUUAUAUAACAUCUAUUUUAUAUAGAGCUUAUGUUUCCAGAUAGAACUGCUUUAUGGCUGAAAUACUUGAAUACAAAUAUUAAAAAAGUAUUCUCAAGCACUG